AUGUCAAAAUCAUCAGCAUAUACCCGUUACUACUUGCGUCGCACUUCUGCCAGUAUCUUGGCAAGUGCUGGAAAUAGUAUGGAAGUAAAUGUAAAGAAAACAGAGUAUAUGAGUAUUAGAGGGCCUGGACAGAAUAUUGUCUUAGAGAAUAAUAAAAUAAUCAAAUAUUGCAAGGAAUACAAGUACCUCGGGAUGAAAAUAACACAGGACGGAACUCAAGACAAAGCAAUGAAACAAAGGAACUCGCAAAGAAGAAAAGCCAUGUCCAUGAUAAAUGGAAUACUUAUUGUGAAGAGCAUCGUCACAUAUAGCAGCGAAGUAUGGCAAUUAAAACAAGACACUGAGAAAAUGCUACUGAUAACGGAGAUGGACUACUGGAGGAGGUCGGCAGGUAAAUCGAGAAAGGACAGAGCACCAAAUGACAGAAUUCGAGAAAUCAUGGGGGUCACACAUACAAUAAUUGACGACAUCAAAACAAAACAAUUGAUCUGGUAUGGCUAUGUACAGCGAAUGGCUGAAAAUAGACUUCUAAAACAAAUCUUGACAUGGACACCACACGGAAGGAGGAAAAGAAGGAGACCUAGAAGAAGUUGGCGGGCAAGAAUUGAUAAAGAAAUAAAAGAACGAGAUCUACCAGAAAGCCAAUGGAGAGAUAGGGAAGAAUGGCGGUUAGGAGUCGGAAGACGUCGUAGAACGUUUUGA